AUGAAAUACGAUAUACUGCUCAAAGGUGGGACCGUUAUUGACCCCACGCAGAAAUUGCAUGACCGGCGCGACGUUGCAAUUAUUGACGGAAAAAUUGCAGCAAUUGAGGAUGAUAUUUCUGCAAGAGAGGCGACGCAAACGGUUUUCGUUGAGGAAAAGUAUGUAACUCCCGGCUUAGUGGACAUCCACGCCCAUGUCUACGCAGGCGUCACGACAUGGGGGGUUAAAGCGGAUCCGGUCUGCACAACGACGGGCGUCACGACAAUCGUUGAUGCCGGUAGCCCAAGUUGGGCAACAUUCCCCGGCUUUCGGGAGUAUAUUGCACAGCCGGCGCAAACCCAUAUUUUAACCUAUGUCCAUAUCUCUGGCAUCGGUCUCGUUUAUGGGCCGGUUGGUGAGAUGCACGAACUUGAAUACGCCCAUCCAGAGAAGGUCGCUGACACGCUCAUGGAGAAUCGUGACAUCACCGUUGGCGUUAAAGUGCGUCAGGGCAAAUCCCAAGUCGGUGAUAAUGGCGUUGAACCGUUGAAGCUGGCAAUCAAAGCUGCCGAACUUGCCGACACACAAUCCGUCAUGGUGCAUAUCGGGACUGGCGUUCCGCUUCCCGAUGUUCUAAAACUGAUGCGCCCCGGCGAUGUCGUCACCCCACUGCUUCCAAGGGAACGGUGA